AUGUCUGCCGCCACGGCCAGCGCCAGCGCCAGCGCCAGCUCUGGCUCGCGCUACCUCCCCUUUAACCCAGACGACCCAGUCUGGGCCGACAUCCAGCCCACCUACCAGCACGAGUCGGCCAACCCGCUCUGCCCCAUCAUGUACAAGCCAGAAUACUCGGCCGCAAUGGACCUCUACCGCUCCCUCGUAUCCGGAUCCACCGUCACACCGGCCGGCCCGCGCACGCACCCGUUCGAACUCUCGGCGCGCGCACUCGCACUCACCGAGCACCUCGUCCGCCUCAACCCGUCCCACUACAGCAUCUGGCAGUACAGGGCAAAGAUCCUCAUCGAGGGCAGCCCCUACGACGGCGAUGACGACGGUGACGAAGACGGCAGCGACGACGACAAGAGGAAACGCAUCCUCCGAAGGGAGCUCGAGUUCCUCGACCUUCUGGCACACGAAAACAUGAAGAGCUACCAGGUAUGGCAACACCGCCGCCUCAUCGUAUCGGCCCUCGGCGACCCGAGCCUGGAGCUGGCCUUUAUCGCCGACAAUCUAGCGCGUGACAGCAAAAACUACCACACCUGGGCCUACCGGCAAUGGGUCCUCGCCCACUUUGGCGGGCUCGGUUCGGCUUCGGCCUCGGCGGCGACGUCGCCAGGGGCGGCCGGGCCGGGAGCUGGGGCCUUUCCGCAGCUGUGGGACGGCGAGCUCGACUAUGCCGAAAAGCUGCUGGUCGAGGAUGUGAGAAACAACAGCGCCUGGAACCACCGCUGGUUCUGCAUCUUCGGACGGCGCGGAGCCAGGCCGCACGACGCCGACGCCGCUGCGCAGUGGGAGUCCGAGCUGAUCAAGCUCGUCAAGGCCGAGAUUGGGUUCACAAAAGCGCAGAUCGCACUGGCGCCCAACAAUGCCAGCGCAUGGAACUACCUCCGAGGGAUCCACAUUGCGUCGCCGGUGCGCACGCCGCUCAGCGACUCGCUCUCGUUUGCAAAGAGCCUCAUCUCGACGCCGUUCGAGGCGCAGCGGGACCCGACGGUGGACCAGUUUGGGCGCUCGCCGCCGCAGGCCAUUGAAUGGUGCCUCGACUGCAUCGAGGAGCGUCUCCAGGCCGGUCGCGCCGCCGGCGGUGCUGCCGUCGAUGCCGGCGAGAGGGAGAGGGCGGUUGACGAGGCGGAAAAGCUCGUCACGCGGCUGUGUACGGCCGACCCGAUGCGCAAGCGAUACUGGGGCUACCGGCUUCAGAGCAUCCGGAGGACGGCGAAGGGAGCGUAG